UUUUGCAUUUCUUUGCAUUCCUAGAAAAAUCAAAGAUAGAAGAAUAUAUGGAAGGGCAUGUAAAUGAUACGGAUCUACCAUUGUUUGAUCUACUAACAAUUACUACUGCCACACACAAGUUCUCGUUGAAUAACAAGAUUGGACAAGGUGGUUUUGGACCUGUUUAUAAGGGAAAAUUAGCAGAUGGUCUUGAAAUUGCUGUGAAGAGACUCUCACAUAGCUCUACACAAGGAAUGACCGAAUUCAUAACUGAAGUAAAGCUAAUUGCGAAACUUCAGCACCGUAAUCUAGUAAAACUUCUUGGUUGCUGCAUUCAAGGAGAAGAAAUUUUGUUAGUUUAUGAAUAUGUGGUUAAUGGUAGCCUGGACACCUUCAUCUUUGAUCAAACAAAAGGUAAGUUGUUGGAUUGGCCUCAACGCUUGGGCAUAAUAUUUGGAAUUACUAGGGGACUCUUAUAUCUUCAUCAGGAUUCAAGAUUGAGGAUUAUUCAUAGAGAUCUCAAAGCAAGUAACGUUUUACUCGAUGACAAAUUAAAUCCAAAAAUAUCAGAUUUUGGAACGGCCAGAACUUUUGGAGGAGAUCAAACUGAAGGAAACACAAAUAGAGUCGUUGGGACUUAUGGAUACAUGGCACCAGAGUAUGCUAUUGACGGUUUGUAUUCUAUAAAAUCCGAUGUCUUCAGCUUUGGCAUACUUAUGAUGGAAAUUAUAUGUGGGACUAAAAAUAGAGCUCUUUGCCAUGCAAAUCAAACUCUUAACCUCAUUGGCUAUGCUUGGAGGCUAUGGAAAGAGGAGAAGGCUUUAGAGUUGAUAGAUUCAAGCAUAAAGGAGUCAUGUGUAAUCUCAGAAGUAUUGCGAUGCAUCCAUUUGAGUCUGUUGUGUGUACAACAAUACCCUGAAGAUAGGCCUACAAUGGCUUCUGUGCUUCUCAUGUUAGCAAGUGAGAUGGAUUUAGUUGACCCUAAAGAGCCUGGCUUCUUUCCCAAGAGGGUUUCUAUCGAAGCGAAUUCGCAGCCACAUCAAUGUGAAGUAUCUACAAAUGAUGACUUAACCAUUACCUCAUUAGAUGGCCGGUGAAUUCAUUGACUUUGCUGAGCAACUUCUAUGAAGGCAUUUUUGUAAAUUUGCACUAGUGUUCUAGGCUUUAGUGACUGAAUAUGCAUAAAAAGUUAAUCAUAGAAUUUUCUUAAAAUGAAGAGAAAAUGCAUGAUGCAGAUGUCCAUCUUAUUCUGGCAUAUGUUGAAUUGAUGAUUAUUACAGCUACAUACAAGUUGCAAUAUGAAGGUUCUGCUAUGAUGCCGUCUCUGUUGGAAUAGCACUUGCUUUUAA